UUCCCCAGCCUAAAGAUGGCCAGUGCCAAUGAGACUGAAGAGGGCCAUGGCUCAGCACCCAGUACAGUUUCCACUUACGCUAAGUUGCUACUCCUGGGCUUCAUCAUCUGUGUGAGUCUAGCAGGGAAUCUGUCUCUCUCGCUGCUGGUGUUGAAAGAGCGUGGUCUCCACAAGGCCCCCUAUUACUUCUUACUGGAUCUGUGCCUGGCUGAUGUGAUCCGCUCAGCUGUUUGCUUUCCUUUUGUUCUCGUCUCUAUCCGCCAUGGCUCUGCUUGGACCUACAGUGUACUGAGCUGCAAGAUUGUGGCCUUCAUGGCUGUUCUCUUCUGUUUCCAUGCUGCCUUUCUCCUCUUCUGCAUCAGCGUCACUCGCUAUAUGGCUGUGGCUCACCACCGCUUCUAUGCCAAACGUAUGACUUUCUGGACGUGCAUUGCUGUCAUCUGCAUGGUAUGGACUUUGUCAGUGGCUAUGGCCUUUCCACCUGUCUUUGAUGUUGGGACCUACAAGUUCAUUCGUGAAGAAGACCAGUGCAUCUUUGAGCACCGCUACUUCAAAGCCAAUGACACCCUAGGCUUCAUGCUGAUGCUAGCCGUGCUGAUCUUUGCCACCCAUGUGGUUUAUAUAAAGCUACUGCUCUUUGAGUACCGCCAUCGUAAGAUGAAGCCUGUCCAAAUGGUCCCAGCUAUCAGCCAGAACUGGACGUUCCAUGGACCUGGAGCCACUGGACAAGCUGCAGCCAACUGGAUUGCUGGCUUUGGCCGUGGUCCCAUGCCUCCUACAUUGUUGGGCAUACGGCAGAACGCCCAUGCUGCCAAUCGGCGAUUGCUGGGCAUGGAAGAAUUCAAGGCUGAGAAGAAGCUAGGCAGGAUGUUCUACGUCAUCACUUUGCUCUUUUUGGUGCUCUGGUCACCCUACAUUGUGGCCUGCUAUUGGAGGGUAUUUGUCAAAGCCUGUAGCAUCCCCCAUCGCUACCUCUCCACAGCUGUUUGGAUGAGCUUUGCCCAAGCUGCUGUCAAUCCCAUAGUUUGCUUUCUACUCAACAAAGACCUCAAGAAAGGCUUGAUUGCCCACAUUCCCUGCUGGAGGACAGAGCCUGAAUUGCCCAGAGAGCCUUACUGUGUGAUGUGAGGAAUGCUAAAAGGUUGGCUAGAAUGCACCCCAC